AACAAAUUGUCAUCUCCAUCAAAUCGCGGGCUCCUUCCGCCGUAACCACCGCCGCAUCUCACCCGUUACUCAACGCCACUGCAACCGCAUCUCACUUCCUCCUGCGACAGAUUCACGUGCUGCACACAAACAAACAUCCGCCUCGUGGAGCGUGCUGUCACGUGACCCACAUAGCGAUGUUGUCGAGUGCGGUGACCCGCAGUCCUCACCCAUGUUUGUACUAGGACUGGACAGGCUGGGAAACCAUAACUGAUCUCAAACCGGAGUGAAAACGAAAGUAGAAAAAGGAACUGAAAACAGGCGAAUCAGCCAUUCACCUGGAGUAACGUGUUUCGCGUGGAACCAGUUCUGUGUGCCACUCGUGCUGACAGCAGUCGCGACCCCCCGGGAUGUAUCUGUGGGUGGUGCUGCUGGUCUUCCUACUGGUUCUCCCAGUACUUCUCCAGAUCAGCCACACCGUCAAAUACUACGUCAAGUUCACCAUCUACUACGUGUUCUUGACGGCAAUAGGCUCAGGAGUCACAAUUCUGUCGCUCUUCAAACCUAAAGACCUCAACAAUUUCAGCUAUGCUGCUGUGGCGUUCAACCUGGUGCGGAAGGCGUUUGGCAUCCACACUGAAGUGAUUGACGUGGAAAACCUCCAUUCAGAUGAACCAUACAUCCUUGUAUCCAACCACCAGAGCUCCCUCGACCUUAUGGGAAUGGCUGUUAUCAAGCCCCCAGAACUGUACGUGUUUGGCAAAGAAGGAGAUCAAAUAUGCAGCAGGACCUUUCGGACUGGCGAUCUGGUUGAGCGGGGGCAUUUUUAUCGACCGCCUGGACAAGGAGAAAGCCAUGUCUACCAUGGCGAAGACAGCCGACAUCAUCAAUAAAAAUAAGUGCAAGGUGUGGAUCUUCCCCGAGGGCAAGAGGAACCAUGGGGGAUCCCUGCUGCCCUUCAAGAAGGGGGCGUUCCAUCUGGCAGUACAGGCAAAGGUGCCUAUAGUCCCCGUGGUCUUCUCCUCCUACUCUGGAUUCUAUGACAAGAAGAAGAAGCAUUUUGACACGGGGCGGUUCACCAUCACGUGCCUGCCUCCCGUCCAAACUACCGGGAUGACGUCAGAUGAUGUCGCGGGGCUGACAGACAAAAUCUAUAACCGGAUGUUGGAGGUUUAUAACCGGACGUCACCAGCUCCAUCUGGUGGCAGCUCGCACUGAUAGUUCUGCGGAAGUUCUGCGGAAGUUGAACUAAUUUUAUGUUGUUUGGUGUUUCUAACAUGACCCGAAUUCCACAAGACGGGUGGCUACCGUUCCCAUUUGGGAUAGAAUGAAAGCGAGGCCUGGAAUGAACACAUGACUAGGCCAUGCGAGGUUGGGUCGUACCUGGGGAAAAAAUGAACUGUGUACAUACUGUCCAUGUAAUAAAUACUUCCAUGGCU